AUGCCUCCCCCGCGCGGUGGUUCUUUCAGAAGUCGCGGACCUGGUGGUCGUGGUGGUCGUGGUGGCCGUGGAGGCCGAGGAGGUCGUGGUCGUGGUCGUGGUGGAAGUCGUGGUGGCCGCUUCGCCACUUCGCGAUUGAACGAAGCCGAAUCCGAUGAUUCUUCUGGUGAUGAUUCAGCCAGCGAGCUGUCACAGGAGGAAUCCGGUGAUGACACCCCUAUGGACGACGGAUCCUCCAGUAGCGAGGAAGAGGAGGAAACUACAGAACGCCCAUACAACGAACUACUCCAAUUGCUUCAACCAGCAGAGACCAGUGGACCCGCCCGGAAGAAGCGCAAGCUUGCAACAGACUCCAAUGAAGAGAUCCAAAUGGCCGACACCGCGGAAGAUCCAGAGCAGAGUUCGGACAACGACUUGGAAGCCCAGGCUCCAUCCGAUGACGAAGAAGAGCAAGAAGAGGACGACGAUGAAGACCCAACCGGUCCUUUCGAAAAACACUACGUCCUGCCCGAGAGCACUGUCCUAGUUAAGCAAGUCGAGGCCAUCCAAUCCAACAAAUGGACCUCCACCAAGAAAGAGAUAGAUGGGCUGCGACUUGUGCAGAGUGUUCCUGAUAUAGGUGCCGACAGUGCAAAACUGCUCCCCCCAAUGAAAAACACCAAUGGCUUAAAGUUGAAACAGAAGAUUAAGGCUCGCGCCGCGGAAUUCCUGCCCAAAAUCAACGGUCAAGCUCAGAUUAUCGCUCCCUAUUUGUUCGAUUAUCAAGAUGUUCUUUACGGUGCACGAUCUCCUUCUAAUGCGCAGGAAAUGCGCGAUAUCCUUGCCGUGCACGCAGUAAACCAUCUGCUCAAGACUCGUGAUCAAGUUCUAAAGAACAGCGCUCGUCUGGCGAAGGACCCAGAUACUGAUAUCGAGUGUCGUGACCAGGGAUUCACCCGACCCAAGGUCCUCUAUAUUCUGCCUACACGACAGUCUUGUGUGAAGGUUCUCGAAGCAAUCACCCGGAUCUAUCAACCCGAGCAGCAGGAGAAUAAAAAGCGAUUCACCGACGGAUUCUCGGCUCCAGAGGACGACGCUUGGGAACACAAGACGGAAGAUUUCCGAGAAUUGUUUGGUGGCAACGACGACGAUAUGUUCCGCAUUGGUCUUAAGUUCACCCGCAAGACAGUCAAGUAUUUUUCCCAAUUCUACAGCUCCGACAUCAUCUUAGCCAGUCCUCUGGGUCUGCGCACAAUUAUGGAUCAAUCCGACGCCAAGAAGCGCGACCAUGACUUCCUCUCCUCGAUCGAACUGGUAGUGGUUGACCACGCCGACGCCCUGCUUAUGCAAAACUGGGACCACGUCGAUCAGAUUUUCCAACACCUCAACCUGCAGCCCAAGGAAGCUCACGGUUGCGACUUCAGCCGCGUUCGUAACUGGUAUUUGGACAACCAAGCUCGCCAUGUGCGUCAGACCGUGGUAUUGUCAUCCUGUAUCACGCCAGAGAUCAACGCCCUCUUCUCCGGCCAAAUGCAGAACGCAUCUGGACGUCUUAAGGCAACCCCAACCUAUGCAGGUGCCAUCACUGAACUACCGCUCCCAGUCUCCGUGAAGCAAACCUUCACUCGGAUCGAUAGUCUGUCACCAAUGAAAGACCCCGAUGCGCGUUUCAAGCAUUUUACAACCGCAGUCCUGUCAUCCAUUGUGAAGAACAUCACACACGGUCGUGGCAAGGGUGCAACCGGAACGCUCAUCUUCAUCCCCUCUUACCUUGACUUCGUCCGCGUGCGCAACCACUUCGCCACCUCUACGCAAACGACGCACAUCUCCUUUGGCGCUGUUUCCGAGUACACUGAGCCUAAGGAAGCCAAUCGAGCUCGCAGUCAUUUCCUAUCAGGCCGUCAUUCGGUCUUGCUGUACACCGAGCGUGCGCAUCAUUUCCGUCGCUACCAAAUUCGCGGCGUAAAGCGUAUUGUCAUGUAUGGGCUACCAGACAAUGCACAGUUCUACGGCGAGAUCGUUGGAUAUCUUGGCCUUGAUCCAGCUGAGUUGGUUGCUGCUGCUGAAGGAGGUGUUCGCGCUCUUUUCUCUAAGUGGGAUGCGCUGAAGCUGGAGCGUGUUGUUGGUACGUCUCGGACAGGGAAUAUGUUGCGUGAGAAGGGUGGUGAUACUUUCACCUUUGUAUAA